UGGCGGCAGUGCGCCCAAAGAUUACUACUCCUACUCCUUAUUGGAUCAGAGAAGAAGAAAUGCCCUGGUGUGUGGUGCUUUUCAGGAGUAUUGCUCGUGCAGCCAUGGCCCAACAUAAAUUCAUAGGUAAGACUCUGGUUUAGUGUUUUAAGCUCUAUAACAACACAACAUGAAGAGAGUGAGGAAGAUUAUUUGUUUUUCUGCCCUCGAGUCUUUAAAAUUAACCCUCAAGUCUGCACGUUUAACAUAGGAGCUGUUUCUGUCAAAGUGAAAACAGUAAAUAUGAACAAAGAGUGACAUUAUAUUGGGUAUAAGAGACAGGUAAUGACUGUAAAAGGUGAAAAAUGAAAACGAAGUGAUGUCUUCUUGAAUCUGUGUCAUUGUGCUGCAACUUGAUAAACUUGUGUCUCCUGUGUUUGUUUGUUUCUUCAGAUAUCGGUGUGAACCUGACUGACCCCAUGUUCAGAGGACUCUACAGAGGGAAGCAGAAACACGACGGUGAGACACUUUUCUGACUCUGAUCAAGUUUCUGAUUUAGUUGUUAAGUUUGUCUUUAAUCAGCUGUUUUCUUUGACAGAUGACUUCAACCAGAUCAUUGACAGAGCUGUUCAAACCGGAGUGGAGAAGGUAAGCCAGGUGUUUCCCUCAAUCAUGUCAAUCAAAUUCUAUUUAUAGAGCCCCGAUUCACAACAGUCGUCAUCUGAAGACACUUUCCAAAGAACAGGAGCAGGUCUAGACCACGCUCUUUGUUUGAUGAAUGAUCAAGACCCAACCUAAGAUGGGAUUUGGUCCAUCUCGUCUUCCUUUGAACAGGCAGAAACCUUGGGUAGGAGCAUGUAAAUACACUCAGUAUUACUGGUAAAACACACAGACGAUGGGAUAUCUUUGCAGUGUUCCUUCUAUGUCUUUGCAUUGCAUUGCCUUGUAAUUUCAUGUUCCUCUGGAGGUAAAUCCUGAUGAAUUUGGUCUUCUGAAAUGUUCCACCAUCGCCAUCCUCAGACUGAAGAUCUCAUCAGUCCAAAACUUUAGAAAUGACAAGUUUGGCUGAUAAGAGCAAAUUUCAGCAAACUUAAUAUGUGGAACAUGAUAAACAGGACAUAAACUGAACAUCCACAUCAUUGUUAUUGUAAUAUUGGUGCCCUGCUGGACUAAGUACAGCCUCUGCAGACUCCCGCCAUCAUUCAAAGUCUUUACGCUUCUCUGUAGUCUGUGAGUGAAAUGACAUUUGCUGCUUCGUUACAGUUUAUGAUCACAGCAGGAAACCUUGAGGACAGCAAAGAGGCCCUGAAAUUAGCAGAAACUAGAGGUAAGGAUGAAAAGAACCAACACAUACCUGAUAGUGAAGUACAACAUCCAGGUUUUCAGUGUUCAUUUUUUAUUCCUUUUUAUGAUCAAAAUUAAUUUAAUCUACCUGAUUAUUUCUUCCACACUACACCUCUCUGACUUUAAGGUUUUAUAUUCUUUUCUGACAGAGGAUUUUUACUGCACUGUCGGCUGCCACCCCACCCGCUGCAGUGAGUUUGAGCAGAACGGAGAGACUGAGUAUCUUUCAGGGCUGAGGGAACUGGCGACGGCACACAGAGGGAAGGUGGUAGCCGUGGGAGAGUGUGGACUGGGUGAGUACUGAUAAUGGUUUCUCUUUUUCUUUUGUUCAUAACAGAGAAAACAAUAUUUAGUUCUUUUUCAUUAUUUGCUGAUUAAAGAUGUAUAUUUGGAUACUGAUUAUAGCUGUUAGCUUUCUUUGUGUCUGAAUGUGCUCCCUGUCUGUAUUCUCACUCCAGAUUUUGACCGGUUGGAAUUUUGUCCAAAGGAAACUCAGCUCAAGUAAGUUGAACAGGUUGUAUUGCUUUUCAAAAGCUGAUCUUAGUUUUCUAGAAAUAACAUAAAGAUUUAAAUUAAAACUCUAUAAAAUAUGGAUUUAACUACUUUCAUCUCUGGAUACAUGUUGAUUUUAGGGACUCUUCCAAGAGUCUAAAUAAUCAAAAAUUUCCUUGUUUUUCUCUGCUGCUUUGGUUUUGACUGUAACAGGUACUUUGAGAAACAGUUUGACCUUGCAGAGGAGACCAAGCUCCCCAUGUUCCUGCACUGCAGAAACUCCCAUCAGGAGUUCAUCGGUACGUUUGAGCUCCACAGACCUGGAAACUUUUAGACUGUUUCUGUCUUGACAUUUCUUUUUCUCUGGAUUUACAGACGUCAUGAAGAGAAACAGAGACAGAUGUGUUGGAGGAGUGGUGAGGAUCUUUGCGUUUACCUUUUGAACUCUUGGGCAUGUUCUGUUUGUAGAAAUUACAUAAGAGAGCGUUAUGCUUCACUGUUUUAUUCUAACGUUGCUCGGGUACUUUGGUGCAGAAAUAAGAAAAAAAACUCACCAAAGUGUUUUUUUUUCCAAAAUGUCACCAGGGCUAUUUUAUUUUAUUUUGAAGCUGUGAGCAAAGUCAUAGAAGAGAUUGAUAUGUGGCUAAAUCUCACUCAGUUACUGCAGGAUAUCGGAGGGAAAUAAGUUUAAUAAUUAAAGUCAAAUCUGGAUAAGAAGUUUGUUUAUGGUUUGUGUUAUUAUAACAGUAAGAUAACUUGAACUAACCCAUUCCCAUUUGCUUCAAAAACCUUAAAAGAAAAUGUAGGGGGAAAAGUUUGUAGAGAAAUGAAUAGGCUGGGGUCAUUUCUAUCUUCAGGUCCAUUCCUUUGAUGGGACUGCUGAAGACGCUGCUGCACUCAUUGACCUGGACCUUUAUAUUGGCAUUAAUGGAUGGUGAGCCAAACCCCGUCUCCUCCCUCCUCCUUGGAGCUCAAAGACUCAGACUUCAAUCUUAACUUAACAAAGACCAACGAUAUGAACACUUUUUUGUUCAAAUCUGAUUCAUACCUGAGCUCAAAUUUCUUUCCCAAUCAUUUCUGAUUAAAAUAGAAGAGAAAUUCUUAUUUGAACAUUUUAACGUAAAACUGAAAUAGUAUUUGUGUUUUAUUUAUUUUUUUCAGUUCCUUGAAAACAGAAGCCAACAUAGAUGCGAUGAAGUCUGUCCCGACUGAGAGACUGAUGAUAGAAACAGGUGAGUCAGAGCCGCUUUCUUGGACUGAUCAGGGUUUACGACAAAAGACAGGAGCGCUGAACGAUAAAAAAGAAGAAAUGAUUGUACAUUAUCAUUUAUUGUGUGGUGAGAAACCCUGAUUCUCCAGUGGUCUGGGUCCAGAAUGACAGUUUUACAACAUUUGCUUCGUUACUUUCAUACUUGAUUAUUGAAGCUGCAUGUCGUAAAUUAUUCUAAUCCAAGCUGUCUGUCUUUUUGUUCUGUUUAUAGGUUGAAUUAUGUGCUGUUAUUGUUAUUGGUCUGCUUACAAAGACUGUUAAAAUGCCUAAUACAUUCAUGCACCUUCUUAGACGCUCCUUGGUGUGGAGUGAAAAACACCCACGCAGGCUCCAAAUACAUUAAAACGACAUUUCCCACAAAAAAGAAAUGGGAGGCCGGGCACUGUCUGAAGGACAGGAACGAACCCUGUCACAUCAUGUGAGUAAGACUUGGACAGUAGAUUCUGUGUAGAGCUGAGUACAUCAGCUGAUCAGUUCUAACAAUUUGUACAUCCUCUUUGUGUUUCUGUUUUUGAUUUAUAUUUGACUGUUUUUCCUUUCUCUCUUCCUUUUUAUGUCUAUUCAAGACAAGUCCUGGAGGUGAUGGCAGCAGCAAGAGAAGAGGACCCGCUGGAGCUCGCCAACACAAUCUAUAACAACACCAUCAAAGUUUUCUUCAGCUCCAGUUGAUAAAGAGUCAGGUUUACCCGAAUACAGUCAUGCUGUUAGGACCUGAUUUUACUUCCAGGCCCUGAAGGAGGCUCCUUUUUAACAGAACAUCUGGAGGGAAAAACUCUCCUAUUGGCACUUUUGGAAGUUCAAAUGGUUCCAAAUCAGGGAAAUUGUCUUAAUUGGUGUGUUUAUCUUGAACAUUUUGAACAAGGGUACGACAAAGGCUAAGGGGUGGAAUUGGGAUUGGCUGUAAAAACUUAGUCCACAAAAAAGACCAGAAAUUGUCCUUUUGGGCACAUCAUCAAAAUGGAAACUAAUUGAAAAUAAACCUUUCAAAAAGUGAAA